UCCCGGUGGCCGUCGGUCGAAUUGCCUACCGCCUCGCGAGCCGUUGAUAAACAGACACACAGCUCUCCGCUCCUGCGAGACAAGUACCGGAACGUAACGACCGACCUGCUCUCGCGACUCGGGACAAGGAAACGCGUGAUCCGCCGGCUGGAAUCUUGCACAGCACUGUGAAAUAUGGCGUUCUUCUUCAGAGGAGCCGUCACUAGUUCUCCAGUUAAGAGCAGAGACACACCGGCGGAUGAGUCAUGCCACAGUCUGGGCGUGUCUUUCCUGUCAGACUCCUCCUACGAAUGCUUCUCAACCAAUCCGCUGACAGGAUCUGUGUGUCAGUGUCGCCGUAGCCCCCGUCUCCUUGGCAACGGUUAUUAUGUGCUGACAGAGGACAGUUUUGCCGUUGACGACGAGGGCAACGUCACCCUCACGCCCUCCAAGACCAACGUGUCCUAUAAAGAAAACCUCGUGCGAAUAUUCCGGCGGCGGCGGCGGGUGAGGAAGUCGUUGGCAAGUCUUCUCAGUGAUGUCAGCCAAUCGUGUCAGUCAUGGCUGGGAGGGGGCGUGUUCGGCUGGACUGACUCCGCCCUCCAGGAAGAGCCGUCCACUGAGGAGAGUAACCAUGACAACCACACCCCCCUCAGAGAUGACCACCCCCCCCUCAGAGAUGACCACUCCUCAUGUGUGUGUGGCCACACCCCCUUUGACCAUGGCCACUCCUCCACAUACAUCCGCACCCCCCUCAAAAGAGACCACACCCCCAUCCGGUUAAGCCACACCCCCACCAGGCGAAGCCACACCCCAGACAGGGAGUUCCCACACAGCUUCACCUACGAUCCAACAGAGAAUGUGUGCCCACCUGAUAAGUUGAAGAUUUCUCAGGAGGAGUUUAUGGAGGAACAGUGUCUGUCACAAGAGCAAUGUGGCCAAUCAGUGGGUGGACUGCUGGAAGUCCCGCCUCCCACAUUCAUCCAUGACAGAAGCCCCGCCCCCGCGGACACGCCCUCAGGCUCUCCGCUGGUGAAAGCCCUCCUCCUCCUCCUCCUCAUGCUGUGUGUGUGCACAGCCAUCUCCUCCAGAUGGUUGAUGGGAGGCGUUGUCGUGACGAUAAGCUUUCUCCUGAUGUCGUCAUUGCGUAAAGAUGUUAGGUGGAGGUGUGCAAAGACAGAGGACAUCACCUCCAGGAAUGAAUAACACACACACACACGCACGCACGCACGCACGCACGCACGCACGCACGCACGCACGCACGCACACACACACACACACACACACACACACACACACACACACACACACACACACACACACACACACACACACGCACGCACGCACGCACGCACGCACGCACGCACGCACGCACGCACACACACACACACACCUAUCCAUAUAUAUACAGUAUAUAUUUCACACACGCACAUACACACACACACACACACACACACACACACCUAUCCAGAUAUAAUAUCUCUCUCUCUCACACACACACACACACACACACACUCACACACAAGCAUACCCGUCCAGAUGAUCACACACACACACACACACACACACAUGUGUGACGUGGCUUGAGGAGUCGUGAGGCGCUCUGGGAGUUAGCGGCUAGUAGUUACCCAGACGACAGCCACCUGCACCGCUUCUCUCCGCACCAAAUAUUACACACACACACACACACACACACACACACACACACACACACACACACACAUACACACACACACACACACACACCAGUACCACUUCCCUCCUCACCAAAUAUUACAGGGCUUUUGUGACUGAUGAAUCAUUUAGUAUUUUAAUCACAAGGACUCGCUAAAUGUUUUAGCCAGAAGAACCUUUUAAAUGUUUUUAAUCAGAAGAACUGUUCUAGUGUUUUUAUCAGAGGACUUGCAAAAUGAUAAAUGCUAAACACUCUAUUUACCCGGACUGCUUUUGGCUAACGCUAGCGCUAGGCUGAACAUUUCUGAGGAAGUGUUUAAAAAGUGCCAUAUUUACGCUUUAAAUUCUCUUGAAUGAAAUGAAGUGCCUUCAUAUAACACACACACACACACGUAGGGAGUAUGUGGUGUGUGUUUCAGCACAGGGCUAAAAUAUUUGCCAAUUUGAGUCGAGCUAUAAGGACUUAACAGGGAAUAUGUCACUGUGACAUCAUGUCAUAGGGCUCCAUAAAGUGGGGCAGGAAGCAGGAAGCUUGUAGUUUUUAACAAGCUUGUAGUUUUUUAACCAGCAUUUUUCAACACUUCCAAAUUCAUAUGAAUCACACUCUAUUAAUGUGGGAUGUUGUAAUGGCAUAGUUAACCUGCUAAUAAAGACUUAUUACAGGUGAAUAAUGUCUUAUGAAGCCCCAUAAAGACUUAUCACAGGCGAAUAAUGUCUUAUGAAGCCUCAUAAAGACUUAUCACAGGCGAAUAAUGCCUUAUGUAGCCUCAAGGAAGGGCCAUGAUUGGUUGUGGGCGUUAGCAAGCAGGAAGGGUAAAUAAAACGUUUGUUAUUGUGAGAGAAGAGAAUAUAGGGAGCAUAAUAAUAGUGGUGACUAUCCAUGUGUGCAUAUGUGUUUGUCUUGGAUAAGGAGUUGUUGAACCCAACCCUGUUCCGGAGGAGUUUCAGGGACAAAAAAAUGAAGCAUUUCUUGAUAAAGUAAUAUUUAAAAACACACAGUAAUAAACUUUAAAUUGUAGGCAUUUAACAUUCAUCACAAUCAUCUUUUACAAACUCUUAGCAUAUGGAUACGUAGAUUCACUUUCAGUGGCCUGCGGUGUUAGCUGUGGCUAGCGGUGUUAGCUGUAGCCUGCGGUGAUAGAUUUGGAUUUCCAUGAAAUAUUAUGAGUACAGGAGCUCUUUGAGGCAUGUUAGCAGUGCUAGCUGUUAGCCAUGCUAAUGGUUAUCAUGGCUAUAUGCCAGUGGAAUGACAUGCUAGUGCUUAGCAGUGCUAGCUGUUAGCCAUGCUAAUGGUAAUCAUGGCUAUAUGCCAGUGGAAUGACAUGCUAGUGCUUAGCAGCAGCUCUGGCUCUGUGUGGUCCGUUAUCACGCUAGUAAUGAUGGAGGCAGCUGUAGCUAUGUGUGUGUGUAGUGUUAGCAGUAGCUUUGAUCACGCUAGUAAUGAUGGAGGCAGCUGUAGCUAUGUGUGUG